CUUCCGGUAGAAACAGCACGGGCCGAGUGCAAAAGGACGCAUUAAAACGCCACUGGGUUCUGUUCCAACCCGAGAAAAUCCCAGGCAUUUUCCCUAAAGCUCAAUUACACAUCCAUGCUGCUGUGCCGUGUUUCGGCCCUAAGCCGGACGCUAACGACAUGGGGACGGAGGUCACACCAGAGAGGUGGCCUCCUCCACCGGCCCUUCAUGUGUAGCUCUCGCCGGCGUCACGGUGCUUCCGCGGGCGAGGACAGCGCUCAGUCCGCUGACCCGGGCUCGACACCGGGACUCUACCGGGACACCGUGCUCCUUCCCCGAACAGAGUUCCCCAUGAAACUGGGGGGACAGAAGCUGCUUGACAGAGAAAUCGAGAUUCAGGAGAAGUGUGGAUUUGCAAGUUUGUACGCUUGGCAGAGCGAGAGGAAGGCCAAGAGGUUUUGCCUUCACGACGGACCCCCGUACGCCAAUGGAGACCCACAUGUAGGACAUGCGCUCAACAAGAUUAUAAAAGACAUCCGGAACCGUUUUGAGACGCUUCGGGGCCGACAGGUCCACUACAUUCCGGGCUGGGACUGCCAUGGUCUUCCCAUUGAGCUGAAAGCUCUUGGCGAGUUGGGUUCCGUCAGUCUCAGCCCUAUGCAGAUCAGGGACAAAGCUCGUCAGUUUGCAAAAGGGGCCAUUGAGCGUCAGAAGGCUGCUUUCCAGCGCUGGGGAGUGAUGGCCGACUGGGACCGGUGCUACUACACUUUUGAUGGUGCCUAUGAGGCCGCUCAGCUCAAAGUCUUCCAGGAGAUGCACGGCAAGGGCCUCAUCUAUCAAGAUUACAAACCUGUUUUUUGGUCUCCUUCAUCAAGAACUGCCUUAGCCGAGGCAGAGCUGGAGUACAACCAUGAGCAUCUCAGCAAAAGCAUCUACGCCACAUUCCCACUGGUUACACUGCUGCCUAAGAUGGCAGGUCAGGGCGAUGUUUCUGUGUUGGUGUGGACCACUCAGCCUUGGACUAUCCCAGCUAACCAGGCGGUCUGCUACAUGCCAAAUGCCCAGUACUCUGUGGUGAGGAGGAAAGACAACUCUCAGCUGCUCCUAAUUGCCACUGAACGCUCUAUCAGUGUGGCAGCAGCGUUGGGAACAGAACUAGAGAGUGUCGCCACCUUCACUGGUUCAGAGCUCGAGGGCGGAAUCUGCAAGCAUCCCACCAUUCCCGACAAGGAAGUACCACUUUUGCCCGCUAAUCAUGUGACAAUGGCAAAAGGAACAGGAUUGGUCCACACAGCGCCAGCUCACGGCAUGGAGGAUUACAACGUGGCUUCGCAGUUUCAUCUCCUUGUGGAGUGUCUGGUGGGCGAGGAUGGCAAGUUCACAGAGCUGGCAGGUCCAGAGCUCCACCAUCUGUCUGUGUUUAACGAAGGCAAUGAAAAAGUGAUCUGCAUGCUGAAGGAGUGUGGGGCUUUGGUGAAAGAGGAGAAUUGCGUCCAUAGUUACCCGUAUGACUGGAGGACGAAGCAACCUGUUGUCAUCCGGCCCAGCAAACAGUGGUUUAUUAACACAGGCUCACUCAAGGACAAGGCAAAGGAUGCGCUGCAAAAGGUUCGUGUUUUGCCAGAGUCGGCGCGGAGCAGCCUUCUGACCAUGCUGGACAGACGCACUUACUGGUGCAUCUCGAGGCAACGCAGCUGGGGCGUCCCUAUCCCAGUCUUCUACCACAGAGAGACUGGCGAGGCGCUCGUCAACAAACACACAGUAUCCCACAUAGUGACUCUCUUCAAGGAAAAGGGCAGUGACUGUUGGUGGGAGCUUCCAAUUGACACUUUCCUGCCAGCAGAUGUGCUCAAGAAGAGUAAAGCGGGACCAGUAACCGACUAUGUCCGUGGAGAGGACGUGCUUGACAUCUGGUUUGACAGCGGCGCGUCAUGGGCAGCUGUUCUAGAAGAAGAGCCGGAGGGAGACUCUGAGGAGCCCGAUUCUCGCCUCAGCUGGCUCCCGGCACCACUGCGCAAACCGCUUGUCCCAGAGACAGACUGCAGGGCAGACGCCUACGUGGAAGGAAAGGACCAGAUCGGGGGCUGGUUUCAGUCGUCUCUGCUCACCAGCGUCGCGGUCAGGAACAAAGCGCCUUACAAAUCACUGGUGGUCCAUGGAUUUGCCAUCAGUGAGAAGGGAGAAAAAAUGUCCAAGUCUCUUGGGAACGUCGUGGAUCCGGAUGCAGUCAUCAAUGGCGGGAAGGACGGCAACACGCCAGCCUACGGGGCAGACGUGCUGCGAUGGUGGGUGGCCGAGUCGAACGUAUUUUCCGAGGUUCAGAUAGGACCGUCGGCCCUGAACUCGGCCCGAGACAACAUCAACAAGCUCCGAAACACUUUGCGGUUCCUGCUCGGCAACCUGCACGGCUUUGACCCACGCGCUCAGGCCGUGGACCCCAGAGAGAUGUACUACAUUGACCAGUACAUGCUGCACCUGCUGCGCGAGUACAGCAUGAAGGUGACGGACGCUUACAGUGCGUUUGACGCCGGCCGAGUCACACGCCUCCUUCAAGCCUUCGUGACCAGAGACCUCUCGAGCUUUUAUUUCAGCAUCAUCAAAGAUAGGUUGUACUGUGACCCUGAGGACUCGCUGGGCAGAAGAUCGUGUCAGACGGUCCUGGAGGAGAUUCUGGACGGGUUGACGAGAUCUAUCGCCCCCAUCCUGCCUCAUCUGGCUGAAGACGUGUACGCUCACACACCGGGCCACAACGAAGACGAGAUGCUGUUCAGGAGUGGCUGGGUCAAAUGCAGCUCUGUGUGGAGGCAACCUGGACUGGAGGAGGCGGUGGAGGGGGCGUGCGCCAUCAGGGACUCCUUUUUGUCAUCAAUUCCAGGCAAAAACGUGGCCCAGUAUGACCUCACCAUCGCCAUUGAGCCCGGCCUGCUGUUUGAACUGAUGGAGUCUCUCCAAGAGGAUCCCUCGUCCACUUCCUCACAGCUUGCUGAGCUCAUGAUGGCGGCCCGGGUCAACUUGAGCAGCACGGUGCCUCGCGACCUUCCCCCAGACACGCUCGUGCGCCACGGCACAUUCCUCAUCAACUUGGAAGGUGGGGUUAUUCGAGAAGAAAGUAGCUACAGUAUAGCAGCGGUGCCCACCUCCGCCACCCGAUGUCCACGAUGUCGACGCUACACUGCGGAGUCUGUGGACUGCCUUUGCCCACGCUGUCAGACUGUUCUCGCCAAAGCUCAGUAACAGGCCAAAAAGUGCCUGUUGCCAUGCAAACUUGCUGGUUUUGUCCUCGUUGAGAAUCAAGUCACCCGUGAGAGCUUCCCAGAGACAUUGACACGUUGUACUAAUGAUGAUGUUGAGGCGGUUUACUGUAUUUAUAAUAGAAUGCCCUGACUGAAGUUUAGUCCAUAAGGGAGCCAGUCAAUGGGCAGUUUUUGUCUGUAUAUAAAUAUGGAGGAGAGUUCCCUCCAAAGGUGUCACUAUGUGAUCAUGACAGCAGUGCAUGAACCUUGGUAUAAUAAAUAGUGAUGGUAAAUUCA